UGUUGUCGCUUCAAGCUAGCUUAAGCUAACACUUAAAGCUAAACAGGAUAAGUAAUUUCGCUAUGUCGCCGAUCUUAAAGAGGAAGUGCUGCGCGCUUGAUAAACACUUAUUUCUCCGUACAACUCGCUUCUAAAAGCUGCAAUGCCAUAAGCAGUUAGCUGUUGGUGCUGCUGUGGGUUUUAUUUUUUUUUUAAUGAACCGAACACCAGAAUGUAGCCAAGCGCUAAAGUGAUAAAAGCAUGGCAGACUCGUCGCCCUUGUCCGGAGUUAAUGUCGUUUUGGUGAUGGCCUAUGGGAGCUUGGUGUUUGUGUUGCUGUUCAUCUUCGUCAAAAGGCAAAUCAUGCGUUUUGCUAUGAGAUCGCGCCGUGGACCCCAUGCUCCUAUCGGCCACAAUGCACCAAAGGGUUUAAGGGAAAAGAUUGACUCCAAGCUGUCCAAGGUCCAUGAGAUUCAUUUCGAGCCUCGUCUCUUAUCAGAGGAGGAUGACAGGAUCAGGCGAGGAUCACAGAUAAGUUGUUACAACUAUCUGUACAGGAUGAAGGCUCUGGAUGCCAUUCGUGACUCAGGAAUUCCUCUGCAGGAGAUAAGUGGCAGUCCCAGUGCGUUUACUGGUCGCAGCUUCAGGAACUGGCUGACGGAGCUGCGAAACUCCCACUCCCUCAUCAAGAGCAGCCGCAGCGCGCUCAUCGACCGCUUACUCGAAGGCUACGACAGCGCUCGCCACGGAACGGGGACGUUCGGGGAGGCCGAGUUUCUCGAAUAUCAACGAGCUCUUAAUGAACUGGCUGAUGUUGUGAAGGCUUACUCCAGCAGCACCAGCCUGGACCAGCAUCACCAGUCUGCAGCCAAAGACCUGACGGGCUCCCCAGUCCGCAGCACUCCCUCCACCAUCCAGGUCACCUACCUGCCCUCUACAGGCCAGCGCAGCAAGAGGCCCAAACACUUCCUGGAGCUCAAAAGUUUCAAAGACAACUACAACACGCUGGAGAGCACGCUGUGACCGCCGCACAACGGUUACAGUCGAAACAAAAACCUUUUUUUUAAUAAGUUAAGCUUUAAAAAUGUAAAUACCAGAUACAGUUUGGAAAGACUGAACUUGUUCAAAUGUUAUGAACCCUAAACUGGACCGAAGGAAUCAUGUUUGGAGGAGAAAUGGAACUGCGAGUAAAGAUUUUAUUCGAUUUCUGUUGGAAAAACCAAUGUAAAAUAAUUUUAUUUAAUAUUUGUUUUUACGAAUCCUAU